AUGCCCCUGCAGAGGCCUGGCUGUCUGAAGCUGUACCCUGCGGGGAGGGCCAUGCAGCCCCGGCUGGGCGUAGGCCUGGGUCUGGGCCUGGAUCUCACCUUCCUGCUGUGGAUACUGAGCCUAGCACAGCAGGCCCUGGUCACGGCCUCUCAGAAACUGGACGAGACGGACCCCGUGGUCACAACCGUCUAUGGCAAACUGAGGGGCGUCAAGAAGGAGCUCAACAAUGAGAUCCUGGGACCCGUCAUCCAGUUCCUGGGGGUGCCUUAUGCCGCACCCCCCACGGGCGAGAGGCGCUUCCAGCCCCCAGAGCUGCCCAUCUCUUGGCCGGAGGUCCGCAAUGCUACGCAGUUCGCCCCGGUCUGCCCCCAGACCAUCGUGGAGGGGCGUCUGCCGGACGUCAUGCUGCCUGUGUGGUUUACUAACAACCUGGAGAUAGUGUCUUCUUACGUACAGGACCAGAGCGAGGACUGCCUUUUCUUAAACAUAUAUGUUCCCACUGAGGAUGGUGAGUUAACAGCCGGACCAAAAGGGAAAACAGACCUAAACCAACAACCUCUUUUUAAAUAUAUUCCUGUCUGUUUUGUGCUGACAAUAGAGUGAAAAGCAUGACCUCUGCAUGUUUACGUGCAUCACACUGCUUUUAUGUGUGUGAGUGUGUAUGUGUGUGUGCCUCUGUGUGCGCCUCUGUAUGUGUGUGUGUGUGAGUUUGUGAGUAAGUGUGCGGCUGUUCAUCAGUCUCCUGAUCCCUCCUCCCACACGCACAUCGUCCUGUCCACCACAGCACGUCCAUUCAGGUGAGACUGGUUCCUCUUUUCCCUUCUUCCUCCUCUUCCUCCUCUUCCUCUUCCUCCUCCUCCUCUUCCUCCUCACUCCUGACUGACAUCAUCUGUCCAUUGUGUGUAGGCACAAUGAAUAGGGCUCAUCAAGGAGGAAGCUCAUGUAAAUAAUGAUUAUUGAUUGAUUCACUGACUGAUUGAUUCAUGAACUAAGCCAGUAAGAGCAACUCUCUUUGUUAACUCAUUUUCUCCUUCCUCAACACUCAGAUAGUGGUGUUGCAUGCUCCAACUGUACUUAACGGGGCUCCAUGUUAUUUUUUAGUCUUCUAUUCAUUUUACAGUAAAAAGAAUAUCGAAGGAAUGUGCCAGGAAACCGGGCAAGAAAAUAUGUAGACAAGGA